UGAAUAUAAAAGGAGGCUAGGGUUGGCGCUUGCUCAUCGUCGCCGACUGCAUACUGACAAACCUUAGCAGGAAAGAGAGAAGUCUCACCACCACCGUCGUCACCAUGGGUCGUAUGCACAGUCGCGGUAAGGGUAUUUCUGCUUCAGCUCUGCCUUAUAAGAGAACCCCACCAAGCUGGCUCAAGAUCUCUUCUCAAGAUGUUGAGGAUAACAUUUGCAAGUUUGCAAAGAAGGGCUUGACCCCAUCUCAGAUUGGUGUCAUUCUUCGUGAUUCUCAUGGCAUUGCCCAGGUUAAGAGCGUUACUGGAAGCAAGAUCUUGCGUAUCCUUAAGGCCCACGGUCUUGCCCCUGAAAUUCCUGAGGAUUUGUACCACCUCAUCAAGAAGGCUGUUGCCAUCCGCAAGCAUUUGGAGAGAAACAGGAAGGAUAAGGAUUCCAAGUUCAGGUUGAUCCUUGUUGAGAGUAGGAUUCACAGGCUCGCUCGCUAUUACAAAAAAACAAAGAAGCUUCCUCCUGUCUGGAAAUAUGAAUCUACAACUGCCAGCACUCUUGUUGCUUAAGUUGGGCAUGUGGGUUAGUGCAAUUUUGGGGUAUCCUGAUUCAAUGUGGAUGCUCUGAGUUAGCUAGGUCGUGUUUUCAUGUUCUAUUGAGAUUUGUCCUGAUUUAAGACUUUAUUCAUAGCUGUUAAAAUUUUGUUAUGUCUGAAAAGAGAGUCAAGAAUUUGUUUUCCUUCUGAUUCUACUCCAUUUUCUUUUGUCCUCUGGUAUUUAUUUAACAUUUGAAGCAAGGAAUCCUUUGAUUUUGAAAUCUAAGCUGCAUCUAUUUCCUACAUUAUUGUAAAUGGGGAUUGCUGAAAUGAGUUUAGCCUUCCCCUCUGGCCUUUAGGAAGGAGUUAGUGUUUUUUAGUUUUGACCAUUAAGCUGGUUAUGGUGUGUGAAUAGGCAUUUUGUGUUCAACAAUAGUCGCUAUUAACAGCAUUAACAUGGACUUUUUAACUUACUGUUUAAAGUUUGAAUUCUUUUGGUGAUGGCUAGUUGCUAGGUUCGGAAUUGCAACUGUGUAAAAUGAUGAUAGAAUGCUUUGAAGUAUCAACUUUUGAAAGAAUGGCUGGUCAUAUUAUUUUGGUUUAAAAACAAAUUCUAUCUUGCGAUAGGUGCUGCUAUACAAAUUAGUCUGAUUUUAUGUUGUAUUGUUAUUUCUUUCGGUUGCAACGUGUUGAAGUGAAAAAUGAUAGAAUUCAGGAUUGGUAUGUUGUUGAUUGUAUAAUUAUUUGUUGGCAAGGAAUCUUAAUUUUUAUUUUUUGAAGCAAGAUUAGACAAUAUUAAAAUCCAUCCUAGAAAAGUAAUUAUUACCAGAAUGAACCCUUUAACUCAGCACAACAAAAUAUUUGGGCAUAAUGAAGUCAAUUUUCUUUCAUUCUCCAAAUAGGGGGAAGUAAUUAAGGGGAGGCAGGAAGGGUAUCUUGUACAGCAUUAGGCAAAAACCACUGAAAAUGAAGAGAAGAUUCGGCAAUAUGAAAAAAAAAAAAAAAA